AAGCAUUUGUUCAACAGUUUAAUUGGUUUUAGUGAAUUUAUAAAUAUACUUGUGAUUAGUCAGAUUACAAUAUACUCAAAUGCUGUUGAAACAAUUAUAAUUGAUACGAUAACUCCUUUCAACUGCAAGGUAAGCAAUCAUUGGUUGUAUCCAUCUAUGUGCAAUUUAACAGUUUCAAUGUAAAAAUUCGAGAAAUUUUCAAAUCUGUUUAAAAUCAUGUUCAGCUCCUUAACUGUUUGAUUACAGUGAAUAUUGUGGUUUAUUAACUUGAAGUGAUUGAAAAUAAAUAGUUGGCCAAAUGUAAAGAUUUUUGCUGUGCUUCAUAUAGGGGCAUGUCUUUUGUACACCUCAUCAUAUGUUCAUAAGAGCUAAAAAACAACACUCAUCUUUUUUUCAUUUUUACAUUUUCUUUUAUCAGUUUCUCUAACUGUGUAUUUAAUUAAUAAUUAUAAGUAUCUUACAUCUAUGAUUAUCUGAUCAACAAUAAUCUAUUUUUCAUCAAUUUAUCUUGUGUCCUAUUGAUAAUCUUAAAUGUCUAAUCUAUUAUUUAUUUUAGUUAUAACUGUUGUCUUAAUCAACUCAGUAUUUUGCAAACAAUCUCAACAUGAUCAUUUGAGCAAAGAGUCACAUUUUACAGAUGACAAUCACCACAAUCCCGAGUAUGAUCACGAAGCUUUCCUUGGAGCCGAUGAAUCUAAAGCAUUUGAUAAUUUAAGUCCAGAGGAAUCAAAAGAUAGAUUAUCCAAAAUAGUAGAUAAAAUUGACACCAACAACGAUGGUAAAGUAUCAUUCGACGAAUUGAGAAUAUGGAUACACAAAAGCCAAGCUAAAUACAUUUUAGAUGAUGUAGAAAGGCAAUGGAAAACUCACAGAAACUCGGACAAAGAUUUACUCUCAUGGAGUGAUUAUAAAAAAUCAACUUACGGCUUCAUGGAUGAUUUGGAUAGUGGAGUCAGUGAAGAAGAUGCCAAAGUUUAUAAUGACAUGAUGAGAAGGGAUGAGAGGCGUUGGAAGGCAGCUGAUGUCAAUGGCGAUGAUCUUUUGACUAAAGAGGAAUUUACUAAUUUUCUUCAUCCAGAAGAAGCUGAUCAUAUGAAAAAUAUUGUUAUUGAUGAAACAUUGGAAGAUGUUGAUAAAGAUGGAGAUGGUAAAAUAUCGCUCAAUGAAUAUAUAAGUGACAUGUAUAGCGGUAGUGAUGGCGCCGAUUCUGAGGUUCCUGAUUGGGUUCUCAGAGAGAAGGAUCAAUUCAAUACUAUUCGUGAUAAGGAUAAGGAUGGUUUCCUUGAUCGCAACGAAGUCAAAGAUUGGAUUAUUCCUGAUGAUUCAGAUUUAAGUGGAGUUGAAGCAAAACAUUUAGUUUCUGAAUCAGAUGAAGAUAAGGAUGGUUAUUUAACAAAAGAAGAAAUUUUGAAUAAUUAUGAUUUGUUUGUCGGCAGCCAAGCUACCGAUUUUGGUGAAGCGUUGAUGAAACAUGAUGAGCUUUAAGUGCUGAAUGUUUGGCUUGAAAAUCGAUUUUCUAACUGUCUUCCAGCCUUACGUCCAUGCCUUAAAGAAACAGACUCAGAUUGGAAAUUUUUAUAUUUACUCACUCACUAAAUUUGCAAAGUGCUUAUACUCAGUCAAUAAUUUGCUUAUUCUGGAAAAUGUCAAUGUCAGGAUGAAUUUCGAGAUCAUAAAAAAAUGCAAAGUUUUUCGUUUAUGAUAAGAGAAUAAAUUUUUUCAUUCUUUA